AUGUCGAAGAAUUUCGGAAAGUCCGCCGCGACUGACGCACCUACCUUUACCUUUAACCUCGAUCCAAACCCAUCCACAAAGAAAAAGGAUGGAACACCUUUCAAACCUUGUCCAAGGACCGAUUGCGUCGGACUUCGAACAAAGCACAAGCAGCUCGAAUGGCAGCUCAAAGAAGCAAACAUAACCAUUAAGGCAACGGAAGGAGUCGCCAAAGCGAGGCUCGCCCAAUCUGAAUCCUACGACCAAAGACUUCAAGCCGCGCACAUCGAGCUUGCAGCCUCUGAAUCAAUCGUUGCGAAAUUGGAAGCAAGGUAUAUCGAGGAAAAGAAGAACGAAAAUUACGCCGAUUCCGAAGCAAAAUAUAUCGAAGAGAAGCAGAAAAACCGCAACUACGAGGAUCUUGAAGAGAAAUAUUUUGCACUGAAGCAAAAAAUGGCCCAAACAAGCGCGCAAGACCUAGAGCUCAUCCGUGAGCUUCGGAAACAAAUUGUGGAUUUGCAGCAAGCUAAUCAGACCAUUGAAGAGUACAUCAGGAACGCCGAAGUGCAGAUCGCGGAGCGAGAAAAGAAGUGCGAUGAACAAGAUGAACAAGCCAAAAAGCGGGACGAGGAUGUCCGGGAGUUGAGGACGAAAGCUCUCACCUACGCACGUGAAACCAAGAAAUUGACCGAGGAAACUAAAAAAGCUCAAGAUGAGGCUGCCAAGCUGCAAGUUGAAGUUAUUGGUACUCGGGAGGCGAUGCAGGAAUUACAAAAUAUUCAUGUAGAAGAGAAGACAAAGCUCGAAGAGAAAAUCAAAGUUGAAGAAAAGAGACUUGAAGACUUCAGAAGUGAUGCUCGAGAGAUUCAAAAAGAAAAUGCGGUGAUACGGGCAACUUUAGAGAAGUCAGAGGUGGAAGCUAAAGAACUUCGCGUCAAGCUCGAAGCAGUGACCGAGGAACUCAAGACAAAGCCAUCCACUGGACGAACCGCUGAAGAGCAAGUGGAACUAAAGGGAUAUAUUAAUAUAAUAAAUGGACUCAUUCAACAGUUGAGAUCUCUUGAAGACGCUCAACAGACGCGUUUCAACACCGCGCCGGGGGCCUAUUCGGGCAGCACUGCCCCCGGUGGAAAGCCGCCAUUGAAAGAAGGGGAUUCAGUUAGUAUUAGCAGCAUUUCUUCUUCCGAAGAUGAAGAUGAAAGCACUCAUGAUGAGCAGGAAGAUAAAUUAUCUUUCAUCGUACAAUCAAUUAACAAAAUAAAAAGAGUUCGUGAUGAUUCCGGCUUUGGUCGUAAGACAAUCGUCCAAAUCAAAGAGGUCUACGUUCCCGGUCCAGAAAUCAUCGUCGAAGUUCCUGGUCCGCCCGUCGAAGUUCUGAUUCCUGUUCCUGGUCCUAUUCAGUUUGUCGAUCGCGAAGUACCUGUUCCGGGACCUACUGUGUACAUCGAUGUGCCGGGACCGAAUGUCCCUGUCCCAGGACCAGUUCGUUAUACUCCAUUCCGAGUAUUCGCUCACGAUCCCAUCGUCUGCUGGUUGUUGGUCGAAUUCAAUUUUCUCGUCCUUUUUUGCCACUGGUUGAAGCAUAUAUUGAGUGUUCUUAGUUAUAUCCCUGCAACACUCCUUGCUAGACCCCCCUACAUUCCAUCACCCCCGGAGGAUAAAUCGUCUUCGGAUGAAUCUGGAGCUGAAGGAGCUGCGGACGUCGCUAGGGCACCUCGAGCUGCAUCAUCACUCUUUUCAGUAUUGUUCAAUCCAAGGCGUGGAAGACUACCAGAUACUUGGCAUACUUUUAGAGGCUUGGCAUUCCACGGGGUGGUUUAUGGUAUACUUUGGUUACUCUUCACUGCUUUGCAUGAACGCAACGUUUGGAUUGCAGAAAAUGAGUCUUCUCGUAAAUGGCUUCAACAACUCGUUGCACAGAGUGGCUCGAAUGGUUUCCUUGGUAUGAACCAAAUCUUACCCCAGACCAUCAGUCGUCAAUUGGACAUAUGGAGAUUCGAUCUUAUGGAGUUCCUUGGCAUUCCUGUCACAUUCCAGUUCCCUGGUUGA